CCGAUCAUUUAAACAUUUUUACAUUUACUUAAAAAAAAUUUCAGGUUGAAUAGGAACAUUGGACCAUAGAAAAUCCAAAGAUUUGCCUAUUAGUUACACAGGAUCUUACUGUUUGUAAGAUAUGAUGAUCUACGGUUGUGUUUUGACUGUAUUUCUAGUACCCGUGCUUAGCAAUGAUGGAGGAUGCCAUGUGAACGACUGGCCACAUUCGUGCCAAGCCAACUUUAUAAUAGGACCUCAGAGCUGUGAACCAUGCAAGUCAGGUCGUUACGGUUGUAAUUGUUCAAAAUAUUGUCCAGAUAAUACAUAUGGACAGGGAUGUUACCACGUUUGUAAGUGCUCUGAUGACGAAUUCUGUAAUCACGUGAGAGGUUGUACAAAGAAUAGUAGUGUUUCAACAGAGCCUACAGACAGACCCUCAGUUGAUUUUUCUUCUGUUUCUCAAUAUAAGGAAGAUGUAUAUGUGACUUCAAAACAACAAAUAUUUGGUGGAAAUCCUCUUAAGAACCUAACAAUGUCCCUUGUUGUUUCAUCUGUUAUUGUCAUUGUCUUCAGUACAUUUUCUGUUUGUAUUUUAAUCAGAGUAAGCAAAUGCUACUACAGGCGCAAAUAUAGUAAAUUAUUAAAUCAGUUACAAUCCAGCGAAAUUAGAGCUGAAGACACGAACAUAUAUUCUGACUACGAAUUCACCGAUUAUAGGGGCACUUCAAGCAAUGAUUCUCUCCAUACUGAAACAAACAUAUAUGACCGGUCCAGCAGAGCGAGUUACGAUAUUCUCGUCCUAAGGAAUCAGUCAUUGACAGUAAAUAUCUAUGACUCAGAUUGUAAUUUUGAUAUUAUACCAUCGCGUUCAAAGCCAGUUUACAAAUCUUCGCGUAUCAAUCAUGCAAACAAGGAGUUGGACUUUGAGUUAGAGCCAGAGUGCCUGUUUAAUCUCUUCCGAGAGGAAGAAACGAACGUGUCACCUUGUCACUUAUCAAAUCCAGACAAUGUGCAAUCUGAGUUCAUCAGUGAAACAAAACUUUAGAUUUUGAUGUUUUAAUUCUAUUCUGAUACAUUAAUUAAUGAGAUUAAUGUCAGCAAUCAA